UCAGCAGAUGCAGAACUAGCAAGUGGAUGCAAAGUCAAGCGGAAACUUGGAACAAGACAGAACAAGACGAAAACACAGAAAAGAACAAAGAAAGACAGAAAAAAGAAAACAACAGAAAAACUCUAUAAAAACAUUAUAAAACAUUUAGUGAAACUUCGUAAAUUG